UUGUGUAAACAAAAAUAGGUACACUGCAAAAAGUAUUUUAGUUAAAACAUACAGCUACAAGUCAUAAGAAAACCAUAUUCAAACAGUUAGUUUGACAAACUGAACAAGGUACUAUUGUUGUCACAGAAAUUCUAACGGUCCAAUAAUAAAUAAAUAAAAAUGAAACUUUUCUGUUUAUUAAUGUUAUUUGUCUUGGCAAAUGUGUCCACAAACAACCAAAUGGAGUAUUUGAGCGAGAUUGUCAUUACAAACGCAUUAAUAGAGAUUGCUUAUAAAAUGAAUAAUUGUACUGUAGAAGAUAACUUUAUAGCAAAUGGAUUGGAGCAUGUAGUUAAAAAAAUUGUUUUUAAAGAUAAACAUUUGUCUGAUCGAAUGAAUCUCAACUUUAUGAAUCAUAUGAUCGUUGUACCGGAAUUUCCAUUCCUUGGCGUCAUAGAUGCAUCUUUAGAACUUGAAGACAUUUUGAAACAAGAAAUAAUAGAUGAAUUAAAAAUUAAAGUUCCUGAGAUUCCAUCCGAAAAUUUUACGAAAUUAGAUUUUACACAGCGUGGAGACGAGAGAAGAUGUCUUGUUGGAAAAGCUUUGAAAAAUAUAAUUUGCAAGGCAAUAGAUUUUGAAAAUUUGACCAAACUUUUAGAAGAAAGAAGACGUGCUCCAACAGUGGAUUCAAGGCAAAGAAUCAUCCGUGCAUCAGAUAGAAAUUUGUAUCAAGUUUCAGUAAAAAUAAUGUGUAGACUUUUAUCAUUGUUCUUGUGUACAAAAUGUCCAACACAAGAAUUAUUUUGCCUGAAAGAUGAAGAUAAAAACACUUGUACCAUAAUAAAUACAAGAUCAACACCAGAAAAACAUGUUUACAGAGAAAUUGAUGGCAUUUGGUAUCAAGUGAGCAACGAUGACAUAGAUUAUACUAUAGAACCACUUAAAAGUCAAAUAUGCUAAUUUUAACGUGGAAUUAAUUGUAUAAGUCGUCUCAAACUAUAUAAUAUUACUGUUAUUAUACUUAAAUACUAUUUGAGUUGUUCACUAAAAUCCAAUCCGUAAAUUUUUUUUAAUGUAUUUUACAAUAAACCGCUUUACUCACGAUUUUAA